AUGUCGCGUGUUGCAACCAGUUACCCAACCACUCGUUAUAAUAAUGGUGUUGGACAAGCAUCAACAUCUUUUCUAAGUCGUUCGUCAAGUAACUCAAGUAGUUCGAAUAGUAUGAAUAAUGGUAAUAGUGGACGUGGUGCUACUGUACAUAGUGCAGCACCACCACCUGCACAAAAAGAAACUGUACAUGCAUGUCCUUUAUGCAAUCAUCUAUAUAAAGAUCCUCGGGUAUUACCAUGUACACAUACAUAUUGUUUAAAUUGUAUUCGAGACAAAUUGAUGCAUAACGAUCGUGUUACUUGUGCAAAAUGCCAAUAUCGAGUUCAACCAUUCGAUGAAGCGGAUUUAAAUGAAUUACCACGUAAUCUUAUAUUAAGUCAAGAAUGGCGUAAUAAUGUUGACAAAACUUCAGCAUCGUUAAUAUACACAAAACAUCGACCAAAUACACCUGAAAGAGAAGCAAAAAGUCUUUCUCAAAUAUUAACAAAAACCAAAAUAACUAAUGGAGCUACUAGUCCUUUCUACAAUGCAUGCCGAGAUAAUAAUAUCAAUUCGGUAAAACAUUAUUUGCAACAAAUGUCGGUUGAAGAAGUUAAUCAAAUGGAACCCAAUGGGUCAACCGCUUUUCAUGUAGCUGCAUAUCAAGGACAUGAGGAGAUUGUUGAAUUGUUAUUACAGAAAGGUGCUUGUCAUUCAGCAAUAAAUAAAUAUAAUUGUACUCCAUUCGAUGAAGCUAAAACUGAUAAAAUAAAACAGAUGAUUCGUCGUCGAACGAAUAACACUCGUUUUAUUAGUGACUGCGUCGAAUGGAUUCUUUCGACAAAUGAUGCUGAUUAUCAAGCACAUGAAUAUUGGAAAAAAUUGGAGUCAUAUGGUAAAGAUCCAAACGUUUAUCAAUUGAUUGUUUAUAUAAAACAGAAUUAUGUUGAAAGGUACCUACAAGAUAUCGAUGGUAUUGAUACGAUAAAACAAUAUUUUAAUAUGUCAAUCAAGGAAAAAGAUCCGGUUUAUUUAUUAAAAGCAUACACGGCUGAAACUGGUUUUUAUUCUUUGCUUAAUGUUCAUCUUGCACAAUUACGGCUGAAAAUCUAA